GGGAUGUUGCUGGGUAGCAUCAAGACCAGAGUCUUCCGUCAAAGGGUAAAGUUGAUGGCCACUCCCACACAUGCAGACUCUAGCCCCUCCCAAAUCCCAUCCUCUAACUCACACUAUGUCCUCCCCAAAAUCCCAACAUGUUCUAUGAAUCACAUAUAAUCAAUGUAUUCAGACUAUAUUAAGCUAUAUUUAAAGACCCCACACCUGCUGUAUUAACCAUGCAACUGCAGCAUGAAAGGAGUAUUCCAAACAUCAUAACUCUCUACAGCUAGCUGAAAUGGUUAUAAUGGCCCAAAUUCUUGGUAAUGUGGCAAACCGUUUUGCAACAUUUGCCCUCUUACCUGGGUCCCCUAUGGUUGGUGACGUGCCUCCGGCUUCUACAGUUCUGCAGAAGCUGGAUGCCAGUCUCGCUUGCUAUUUACCAGCGCAUUAGAGGACCACUCUUGGGCAAUAAAUGCAACUCUGUGCAUAGAAAUGUGUACAGAAUGGACACUACCCAGCUCAGAACUCUUAUUCCGGGCUCGUUAAUGAAGCCCGAAUGAUUCUGCCAGAAAUGGAGUUACCCCUCCAGCAGCAAAGGGGUUAAACUCUGUAUGUGCAAUGUAUGCUGCACAUCCAGACUCUGGGCAUCAUGACCACUUUAAAUCACGGAACUGUUCGCAGUGUUUGAGGUAACCCUUCAAAUCUAAACCCCACUGCAUUUAAACCUACAUCAGUUUUCACAGGCAUUGCUGUGAAGUUUAGUGCUCUGGAGCUCUGUGAUACACUGAUACACACUGCCGCGGAGCUCUGUGAUUCACUUAUGAAAUAUAAUGUAAUUUUUUCCAAUUUUUAUAUGGACAUUCUUGUGCAAAUUAUCACUCCCCAGUUUAUAUAUUUACAUUCUCCCUGUCAGUUAACCCUCUCCUAUUUAUAUAUCCACAUUUCUCAGUUAACCCUCUCCAUUUCCAAUUUAUAUAUUCACAUCUAUUAAAUUACCUUCUCACACCCUAAUUUAUAUAUCUACAUCCCCCUGCUAAUUGAGUCUCUCCCCCUGUAAUUUAUAUAUUUACAUUCCCCAGUUAACUAUUUCCUUCUCUACAAUUUACAUAUCAAAUUACUUUGCUCACUGACACACACUUAUUAAUUCACACACCUCACUCACUUCAUGUAUUUCACUGUUAAACACCUCACAUUCAAACAUCUGCAGACAGAUAUUUACUAAUCUCUGCCACUGGGCUUCUGCAGGAAGUUAGUGACAGCCUGGACAGAGGGGGGGCUCACUGCAAAGUUUUAGAUUAGCAGCCAUUAGCUCCCUCCCCAUGAAUUCCCUUCCCUCUCGUAGUGUUGCACAGAUAUACUGAUCCUCUACUUCAACUUACAAGGAGACUCCUGAUUCAUGAGACCAAUUAGCAGGCUGAACCAACAACAGCAGCAGCCUUCACACACAGGCCUGGAGAGCAGCCUGCAUUCUGGUUGGGGGAAGGUGUGGAGCCUCCUAUGCAUCCUGCUGAAACUGGACACUCAGGGCUAAUAAUGAGACAGAGCAGUCCUCAUUCUCUGCUGGAAAGACACGCUGCAGCACACCUCAGAGAUGGACUCUGCUUCACACCUCCUUGCCCAGGCUCCACCCCCUUCUCAACAAUCCACACUGAUAUCCCAUCUAAGUCCUUCUCCACAAUCUAUAGACCAGGACUUCAGUAAAUCCACUACUUCACCUCAACCUGCCUUUCAACAUUCUCCAUCUCCUGGUGACUCCUCAUCCUCAUCAGAUUCCCAUACUACUGCUAAUUCCAUUCCUCAAGUGAACUGCAUCUCAAUUGGGUCACCUUCCAAGACUUCUCCUAUUGCUCGAGUUAGCUCUCCAACAACCUCUCUUCCUCUCUCCUCUCCUCCACUUUCCCCUUCUCCUGUUUCACUCUGCCCUCUUCCAGAGAAUAUGUCACCUCAAAGUGUUGCUAUUUUUCAUCCUACUCUUAUUCUAAGUCCUCAUUCUAUAGCUCAGUCUCCCCCUCCACCGUCUGUCUCUUCUCCCUCUGCUUCUGCUUCUCUUUCACCGCCAUCAGCCUCUCAAUGUCCACCUGCCGACUCUCCUGCUCCAUCUACCACAUCUGAAUCUGUUUCCCCAUCUGUCCCAGCCAUCUCAUCCUCCCCCCAAAACCUUGAGACAUCUCCUUUCUUGUGUCUCCCUCCAGCAUCCCCCUCCCCUCCUCCAUCUUCCCUAUCUCCCUCUCGGGCUUCUCCUUCUCCUCCUCCUACCUCUCCCCCUGUCUCAGCAUCUCUCCUUGGCCUUUCUUUUGCUGAUGAAGAACUGGAUCUUCAACGUCAUUCCAAUGGAUUUGCUGAUAGCACAACAUCCAAGUCCAGACAGUUCCCAUGUACAAUUUGUGGAAAGCAGUUUAGAUUUAUCAGUAUUCUCUCCUUACAUGCAAGCACACACAGAGUGAGAGGGCCUCUUGCACAGGGCAGAGGAGUCACCAAGUCUUUCUUUGAGUCUAAUUCCCAGAGGCCUUUACCCCUAGGGCACCAACAUCAAAAAGAACCAAGCUCCCCCAUGAUCACAGACCACACUCCAGAAGACACACAUGAACCAGUCCCUCUGUUGUCUAUUCCUGCUCCUCUUCCUCCACUUCGUCACCCUUGUCCUUUCUGCAAGGGUAAAUUUCGCAAGGCAGCUGAACUAGAGCGUCACCUCCGAAUACUUCACAGGCCUUACAAGUGUCACUUAUGUGAUUUUGCUGCUUCCCAGGAGGGUGAACUAGUGGGACAUGUUGAAAGAAGACAUGCUGCCCCCCAGAGACCCAAAAUUGCUGCACCUCUGCCAACUCCAGUCCCCACUCAAGCUACACCUCCUGCUGAGUUCAAGUGUGAGAUCUGUUCCCAGAGUUUCACACAGUCCUGGUUCCUGAAAGGCCACAUGCGCAAGCAUAAGGACUCUUUUGAUCACAGAUGCUCAGUAUGUGGACGAUGCUUCAAGGAAUCCUGGUUCCUAAAGAACCAUAUGAAGGUUCAUUUAGGCAAGAUAAAGACUGUAGCAGGGCCAGAGCCCCCUGGGCAUCAGCCAGGUCAAUCUCCACAUGCCACCACCUCAAAUUCUCCAUCUUCCUCCUCCUCCAGGCUCCUUGGAUAUCAGAGUUUUUAUUCUGGUCUUCUUUUGAGGCUGCCACCACCUGGAGAUGCCACCUGUUCACAGAUGCUCCAGGCCACAGCAAGAGCAGUGCAGGGAGGAGAGGGAGACCAUGAUGUAGCAGGCUCUGCUGGAAGAGGACAGUCUAUGAGUUCAGCUAUAGGAGAUGGAGCUGCAGCCAAGGCCAUGCUUUCCCAGGGUUCUAGUGGCAUUGUACUAAAAAAUGUUGGGUACCCAGAUAAGAAUGGAUGGGGUAUCAACUCAUCACAGGCAGAGAGACCACGUGGAGCAACUGGUAGAGAUUGUCCCUUCUGUGCCAAGUCUUUCCGUUCCUCCCACCACCUGAAGGUGCAUCUUCGAGUUCACACAGGUGAGCGCCCCUAUAAAUGUCCUCACUGCUCCUAUGCUGGAACCCAGUCUGGUUCCCUCAAAUACCACCUACAGCGUCAUCACCGGGACUCCAAACUCUCUGCUGGUGCCCCAUUGAGGGGUAAAACUGUUCAACCAAGUGCUUCACAACAACAGAGACUCUUGCCUUCAGUUUCUGCUGCGUGGGGUAACUCUUGUGCAGAUAUGGCGCCUACAUGCGAGGAUGGAGCCUCACUGCCUCUUCGUCUGCACCUGAAUGACGGCCAAGGAGCCAGUGCAUUUCCUCGUGUGGUUGGGAGAGGAAUCCAGAGAAGAAGAAGUCCCUCACAUCAACCAACUAAUGGAAGACCUGAUCAUGAACCACUGGAUUUGUCCCAAGGAAACCCCUUCCACCGCUGCAUGUACUGUCCUUUUGUCACCUCUGUAGGGGAACUGAUGAGCCUCCAUCUUCAAGUCCAUCAUGGAAGGAGAUCUCGCAGGAAGGGGGGAUACAUUAGGGGCCGGCCCCGGCCUGUACACUCUCCUCAAGCCCAAGGCCCAAGUCUGAGAGACAGCCCUGGACAGUGUGAAAGCACAGAAUGAUUUGAUACACUACUUGGCAGUUGGUGUUUGAUAUGCCCUCAUGACUGCCUACUAUCCAUGUUUCCCAUGAUGAGAUAAGAUGAGACUGUAAGCAUGAGAAUGAAAGAGUAAGAAAACUAGCAAAAACUGAGGCAGCUAGGGAUGUGGGACAACUUGGAAUGGGGGAAGGUGAGAUUGCUAGGGAAGGGAGUGUGUGGGUGCGUGAACUAAGUGACAGAGACAGCUAGGUUGGAAGAAAAGAAGAGAGUGGUACAGUUUGAAAAGAAACCAAGAUACACAAGCUGAGUUUGAGUGGAUUAGAUGCCUACCGAGGGUAAAAGACAGUCAGUGAAACUCUUUUCCUGGGACAGCUAGUGGCAAAUAAUACAUUAGCAAUACCAGAAACAUAAUAAAAGUUUUCUGUUUGAGGUCAAACAGACAGCUUUUGAUAGUAUUAGGUCUUGGCUUAAUGGUUUUGAAAGAGUUAUGGAUCAAAGAGUGCUAGUGAUGAAACCAUAUAAAAAGUGUUAAGAGGCAAUAUCACAGAGCUCACUUUUCAGAAAUCAGAAUGACUGAUUGCAACAUAUCAGAGUUUUACGUCAAAAGAAAGAGCUAUGAAUAAGUUCACAGACUAUUAACGUUAGAUUGAGAGACACUAGAUCUAGGGAAAAAGAGAAAGCUAGUCAAAAAGUUAGAUAACUUAGUGAAUAUGAUCUUUUUUUUGUGCCAGAUACUUCUCCUUGUUUCUGGUUAAUGCCGAAACUUUAUUUUUGAUAAUCUGAUUCGGAACGUUCUUCAGAUCCAUCUACAGGUAGAUGUCCUUUCUACAUAUUCACCCCGUGUUCCCAUUUACAACCUGUUUAGGUUUCAGCUCAGAAAAACUACAUUUCCACAUUUAGAGAUUUCUAUAUUUUUUUUUAUUCUUUUCUUGUAGAAAAUAAAAAGAUAAAUAAAAAAAAUCAAAUCAAAAGAUUUUGUUUGAGCGUUAAAAAGACGAACUAAAAUAGGUGUAUGUUUCAAAUUAAAUUAGAAGCAAUGUGAUUCUUGCACAAACAUUACAACGUCAUACACAGUAUUAAAAUGGUGGUACACAAUGAGAUCAAUUAAUGCAAACAGUGCCUUAGAGAUGGGCUUGGAGACAGAUUUAACACAUUAGACUUGCUACGACUCUAUGCAAGAUUUGAGCAAUGGAGCAGUUUUUUGUAGAACCAUUAGAGAGAGCUAUGGUUUACAAACAGCAUAUUCUUCUUAUAAUAAUGAAAAUGUCUUAAGGCAGCACCGGUCCAUUAUCUGCCUAUAGAUGACUGU